ACAGUCUGCCUUGCUCUGCAUUGCAAGCACCAAAAAACCCAGCCGGCUGUGAAAAAUAGAGACAGAGGCAAACCAAAGGCAACACAAGUCACGGGACUGAGAUUACAUUUGCAAAGCUUGGCCGCCCAGUGAGACCCAACAGUCUGCCUUUGCGACCCUGGAGCCGGUGGGGUUUGGGGAUGCUGAAGAAGCCACAGGCAGCCGGCCGGGACUGGAAUACUGAGCAAAGGUCUCUGAAAGAGACGCCCCAAGAGACCCCAGGGCGAAAAAACCCAUGAGCGGAAGCAAGUUGGAGAUUUUUUUGCAGCGUAUCUCUGGACAACCUGUGCACAGGAUAACCUCCUGUCCACCUCUCUCUCUCUCUCUCCUACCCCCGGGCCUGGCCAGCCCAGGCAGCGUGUUUAUCCGUGCCCCCCCAUGGCCGGGCCAAACCGGACAGAGGUUACUGACUUCCUCCUUGUGGGCUUCUCCUCCCGCCGAGACCUAAGUCUGCUCCUCUUCUCGCUUGUGCUGCCCGUCUUUCUGCUGGGCCUGGCGGGGAACCUGGGCAUGGCGGUUCUGAUCCGGGCCGAGCGCUCCCUCCACACCCCCAUGUACUACUUCCUCAGCCACUUGGCGCUGCUGGACCUCUGCUCCUGCUGUGCCGUGGGCCCCGUCAUGCUGUGGGGUCUGCUGGCCGGCCAGGCCACCCUCCCCGGCCCAGCCUGCGCCCUUCAGAUGUUCCUCUUUGCCGCUGCUGCGGAUGCCGAGUGUUGCCUGCUGGCCGUCAUGGCCUACGACCGCUACGCUGCCGUCUGCCGCCCGCUGCACUACCAGGCCGCCGUGCCGCCCCGCCUCUGCCGCGGGCUGGUGCUGGGCUCCUACGCGGCCGGGGCGGCCAGCGGGGCUGUACACUCCGGCCUGGCCUUCCGCCUUCCCUUCUGCCGCGGCCGCACUCUCGACCACUUCUUCUGCAUCAUCCCGUCCGUGCUGGAGCUGGCCUGCGCCGACACCAGCCUCAACCAGGCCCUGCUGCUGGCCAUCUGCGGAGCCAUCCAGAGCGUCACCCUGCUGACCAUCCUGGCCUCCUACGGGCACAUCCUCGGGGCUGUGGGGCGGGCGGGCUUGCGCCGGGCGGCCUCCACCUGCGGCUCCCACCUGGCAGCUGUGGCCGUGCUCUACGGGACCGUCAUCUUCAUGUACCUGCGGCCCGAAGGCAGCUACGCUCCCCAGGCCGACAAGAUGGCCGCUGCCUUCUAUACCGUGGUCAUCCCCACCCUCAACCCUGCCAUCUACAGCCUGCGCAACGCUGAUGUCAAGGCGGCCCUGGCCACGUGGCUCUUGGGUGGGCGCCGCAUCUGGGGGGGCUGA